UCCUAUUGCUCUAUCCUGUGCAACUACAAGGCCAUCGAAAUGCCCUCGCAUCAGACCUACGGCGGGAGCUGGAAAUUCCUGACGUUCAUUGAUCUGGUCAUCCAGGCUGUCUUCUUUGGCAUCUGCGUGCUGACUGAUCUUUCCAGUCUUUUGACCCGAGGAAGUGGGAAUCAAGAGCAAGAACGGCAGCUCAAGAAGCUCAUCUCUCUCCGGGACUGGAUGUUAGCCGUGCUGGCCUUUCCUGUUGGGGUGUUCGUUGUAGCCGUGUUCUGGAUCAUCUAUGCCUAUGACAGAGAGAUGAUAUACCCGAAGUUGCUUGAUAAUUUUAUCCCAGGGUGGUUGAACCAUGGAAUGCACACGACGGUUCUGCCCUUUAUAUUAAUCGAGAUGAGGACAUCACACCAUCAGUAUCCCAGCAGGAGCAGCGGACUCACCGCCAUAUGCACCUUCUCCGUGGGCUAUAUAUUAUGGGUGUGCUGGGUGCACCACGUCACCGGCAUGUGGGUGUACCCUUUCCUGGAACACAUCGGCUCCGGAGCCAGAAUUGUCUUCUUUGGGUCGACAACCAUCUUGAUGAACUUUCUGUACCUUCUGGGAGAAGUUCUGAACAACUAUAUCUGGGAUACACAGAGAAGUAUGGAAGAAGAGAAAGAGAAGCCUAAAUUGGAAUGAGACCCAAGUGUAAAAGGAAGAGAGGGCUUAAGCCACCAUUGUUCUCCUCCCCUCUGGGCCUUAGCAGUGCAGCACAGAAACCCUGGAAGGAAGCUAUGGCAUCAGCCCAUCCCGCCCGGAGGGAGGACACCUUUUAUAUAGAAAUCCAUAGAAUACACAGGUUUCCAAAAUCACCCACAUUGUGCUUUGAAGAAUUCUUUCCAAAUACAUUACUGAUAACAUCUUUUAUCUCUUUUCUAGUUUCAUGAUUAAAUUUGAUCAUUGGAUUUUCAUUUUUGCAAUUAUAAUUCCAUUUAAUCAAGGAAGAAUGAAAUUUUGUUGUUACUUGUCAAACUUCAGAACUAUGUGAAAGUCAGCGAUGCAGUUGUGAGACCAAGCAUUGGUGUGUUUUGUCCUAAAUAUGGCUGGAAUAAUGAACCUGGGCCACUCUGCAGGCCUGAGGGGGAUCAGCAUAGAUGGUCUCUGUUGCAGUACAAGUCACACUUGCCUCUGUGGUCAAUAUUAGUAAAAAUGGCAUCAACUUUGUCAAAACCCUGAGUGUACUUGGAUCUUCUGAUAUAAUUUUGUGACAGUCUUCCCAGAUGCAAACUUUAAUAAAGACCAGAAACCCAAACCUAA